AUGAGAUCGAUUUCAACAAAAAUUUCACUGGCAUUUUUCGCAUUUUUCGCCUUUGUGACAAUGGGUGAAAGUACUUCAGAAGGAAAUAACAAGCGUGAUGGAAGUGUUUUACCAUACUCAACACCAAGUUGCGGUUCGAAUACGAAACAUGCAUGCAAAUUUACUUGCAGAAAGAAGCCACACUGUCAAGAUUUAGGAUUCGAUCGAAGCAAGAUUCCCUGCUCAUGUCCGGCCCAGAUUUGCCCAGAUGGUAAGAUAUAUGCUUACUACUCACAAAAACCUUUGACGGACGAAGAAUUGUCUGAGCAACCACACGUUCGAGCAACGUGUUUUCCUCAUGGUUGUGUUCCUGCUGCCAUUGCACCCUUUCACAAACAGAUUGGCGUCUGCACUCCUCCAGAAGGUACGGAUCCGGAGCCAAACAGUUCAUAA